CAGCUGCCGAAUUUGGUUAUGCCAUUGAGUGUCGUAUACCCCGCUGCCUAGGCAUUCAGAGGGGCGAUUGAGUCAUUCGCCAGUAUUGUCUUGUUUUGAGAUGAUGAGAGCCGAGGCUUUCACCAGUUUACGUGUAUUCAAGACUUUUUGUGGGCUAGUUUUGGCAACUUCGAGUUGCGCACGUACAUCUGGCGCCUAGAAAUGCGGGCAAAACCCCUCAACUAUAAGGAGCAGGAGUCUACGCGUCGAUGAUGCCUCGAAUAGACCCAUUUUCAGAUUGGAUCAUUUUCAAGCUUGCUUUUCUGAACUUAUAUACUUAAAGACUAAACAGAUCUCCAGAUUCUAGGUAUGUGUCCAUAUGAAAAAACCUCAUUGCUUCCAUAUCAUAACUACACAUUGCCACGAAAAUGUCUCAGUUGACGCUGUUUACGGAUAGCCGGUUCCCUUGUCCCCAGAGACUGCAAUUGGCGAUUCUCGAGUUGGGUCUCAAAAUCACCAACAUUCAUCAGGUGGACAUCAUCAAGCGUGAGCAGCAGAAGCCAGAAUUCCUUGAAAUCAAUCCUUUCGGAGCUGUUCCAUGCCUCCAGGACUACUCGCAUGAUCCAGUUCUUGUUCUGACUGAGUCACGGGCUAUUGCUCGGUAUCUCGCGAGUCGAUAUGGCGAACCAGACAAUAAGCUCGUCCCUGACGGUGAAAUUGUAAAGGCGAAGUUUGAAGAAGCUGCAUCGAUCGAACUGACCUCUUUCGAUGCUGUUGCUAAUCCACUGGCCUUCGAAGCCUACUUUAAACCGAAAUUUAUGAAACAAGAACCGAAAGAGGAGGUCGUCAAGGAUCUCAAAGUGAAACUUGAACGGGUUCUGAGACUCCUUGACCAAAAGCUCAGCGGACAUCCUUUCAUGGCUGGUGAGACUCUUACGCUGGUUGAUCUUUUUUAUGUCCCGUAUAUGCACUACCUCGAAUAUGAAGUUUGGCCUACACUUCUAGAGGGUCACACAAAUCUACUUGCUUGGUGGAAUCGGAUGAAAGGUCGAGAGUCCUACCGACAGAUGUAUGCAGAUGGAAAUAAUGGGUUUUAUGAUAUCUGA